AGGAGUUCUGAAGCUAGAGAGAGGCCCUGGUAGGGCAGGUGGGUGGGUACCAAGGGGUUGACAAGGUGACUUGAAAAAGGGUGGUGUGAUGAUUUAUGUGACCCUGAGCCAGUCACAUCUUGGCUGUGGCUCUGGAUGUCUUUCUCAUGUGUAAAAGGAAGGGGUUGGGCCUCGGAGCCAUCCUUGGGAGUGAGCGUGGGGUAGGAACUGUUGGAUCUCGAGAGGGAGGAUGGAUUUGUGCAGAUUGGAUGCACGUGUGUCUUCCUGAGUCCUUGGAGGGGAGGAGGCAGGAACUGGGUGCUCUGGUAUCUGUCUGUACAAGUAAGCAGGCCUGUGGUAAAGUGACCUGUGAUGAGGUGGAGGAGUCAGGAAGUGGGGUUCCUAGGAGAUCACUGGGGCUAGUGGCUGCCAGGGUGAUCUCAAGGACUUUGUGAGCAUAUGAAAACCGGGACAAUGCGAUGUGAAGUGUGUAGAGAGUGCAGACUGACUGUUGGGGCGGGGGGGGGGGGGGGGAAUGGAAUCUGUGUUUCAGGCACCAAACUCGGAAUGGGCUGGGUAUUUGAGAGGCCCAGGUCCCCCAGAGCUGGUAACACCUCACAGAUUCUUGAAGGGUAAGAAGCCAGAACGACAAGCCAUUAUCAGAGCUCAGAUUCAAAUCCUGGGCCCCAUUUGUUAAGAGUCAGAGAACAUAUUAUGAAGCAACUUAGGCAAGUUUAGUAACUUCUGAGCCUUAGUCGGUCUUUGUGCAAUGGGGAUAAUGAUAUCUAUCUCACAGGCCUGUUCUGAAGAUUAAAUGAGUUAAUGUAUGUAAAGUACUCAGCAAAAUGCCUGGGUCAUAUUUAAAAAAAUUUUUUUUUAGGUAAAAAAUAUGGCUGUAUGGUGACAGUAACAGGAAUGGGUGAAAGAUUUCUGUGAAUGCUGUGGUUAGGGACUGACAAUGCUCACAUUCUUAAGCUUUUUUGCAACUUUUAGUGACUCCCUCCCUGUUCUCCUCUUCCUGGUUCUUCUGGGCUGGAGCACCAGCCCCAGUCCCUCAUUCCUCUCUUUUAUUCCUCCCCCAAGAUCCAGGCCCCAGGCUGGGCCACUUGCUCUGUCCCAGUUCGAUUUCCUCAUCCUUGACCCAUUCUCCUCCCUGUCCCUCCUCCCUCUCUCUGCUGCCAUGGUAACAAGACAUUCAGGCUUUGAAGGGGGCCUCAGGGAAGGAGCAAAGGUGCGUGUUCUCUUGCAGAACCUGGGCCUCCAACUUCCCCGCCCUGGCUCUUUGGGACCGGGCCAGCAGAUGUGUACGGUCUGGGAGGGGGGAAAGCCAAUGCCAGGAGCUGUAGGAACCAGCCGAGGGAGGGUGGAUGCGAGUCUCCAGAAGAGAGCCUGGAGUGGGGGCGGGGGGAGCACCCCUUCCUCCUAAUCCUCUCUCCAGGAAUCCCUGGCUUUGGGACCGGACGGCUGUCGUUGGGUUGGGGGAGGCGCCCAGGCUGGGUGCAUGUCCUGGGCUACCAGCCAAAAGAACAUGAUGUUCCCAAGCGCGCUGGCCGCCGCCCUCUUGGGCUGGCCGCCUCCCAAACCGCUGCCUCUCCGGCCUCCCUGCCCCACAUUCCCCGGCUGCCUCGCCCCGCCCCAUCCUCCGCUUUGACGUCACCGCCGUCUCCCGCCCCCUCUCCUCCAUUGACGGCAGCAGGGCCUGGUUACUGUGGGGAUCGGGAGGCAGGAUCUCGGUUAGAGCCUUGAGAGCAAGUGGGAGCUGCUGGAGCCCUGGACCCUUUUGUCCACGCAAGAGAAAAAUAUGGAGGCGGAGGGCAAGGACUGCCUGUGUCGGGGGAGGUCACAUCUAAAGCCCUGAGGAGUGCUGAGGACGAAGAAAAACCGUGUCUCCAGAAGAGGUGUCUGAUAGGACCAGGGAUUAGGCCACAGUAUAGGAGUUGGGGGGACAUUUUCAAGGAGAGAAGACUGAGAAUCCAGGCUUCCGAAUCCUUUAUUUUGUGUUUUCUGGCUUUGUUUUUUUCUGGGUUAUUCUUUAACCAUCCUGUGUCCAGCUUUUACACAGAACCCUUGCCCUGGCUUCCCCCCCCCCACCAUUGUCAGGGAGAGCUUAGGCCACGUGACUCGGAGGGGCGUGCACCCAGAGCCGAUGACGUCAGCAGCAGCCUGGGGCCUCUUCCCUAGCCAUCCGGGGAACCCUGAGAGGAACUACCCCUCAGUCCUGGAUGGAGGGGUUCUGUGUAAUUGCAGCUCUUCCGCGGCCUAAGUUGGCCCAAAUUAGGACUUUGAGUUGUGCUCCCUGCCUCUGAAAAGAAAAUUAUAAUUUUCAGCUUCUCCGUUGCUGAAGCCCCUCCCCUAGCUACCGUUUCAACACUCACGCGAUUUGUGAUCGCCUCCCCAAUGUCAGGUUCUCUCCUGGGGGCUGGGGAAUACAGUGAAGGAGACAGAUGAUGAGGUACUUGGCUUUCUCUUCUUUCAGCUACCCUUUUUGUACUCCUGUGGCCCUGGCUUCCUGGCCCCCAGUUUUAGGGCAGCCCUAACUGUGGGUGGCUGCAUCCUCAGGAGAGAAGCACUCGUCAUCGCGUAGGCUGCCAGGAGACCUUUUCUCUGAUUGGUCAGGGAGGCACCUGCCAUUGUUUCCCUUCGCAGCCCGCGUUAGUUCUGGCUGCCCCUUCUAUUGUUUGCCUCCUCCCCCCCUCCUCCACCACCCCACUUAUAAGUGGACCCUUGACGGCUCUCCUCCUAGACGUCCACAGGAUUUGAAGUGUCAGAGAGGGGAUUGGGUAAAAUGGCUUGAUUAUGAUGAGGAUGGAGAGGGGAAGCUGGGUAGAGGCCAAGCUGGGUUUCUGUCUGUCCCUCUCCUCCCAGGGACCAGACGUCUCAUCCAGUUUGGCCCACCUCCUAAAGUCUGCAUUCUUUUUACCCAACCCUGGCAAGACCAAGGUGUCCUGUUCCGCAAGGCUGGUCAGUUCGGGAAAUAGCCCUGUCAUAAACACCUACUGUGGUCCGGGCAGUUUACCUCCCUCCUCUCUUUUCCAUUAUCACUGUGCAAGGCGUCCUGCGCCCAUUGGCUGGGCUGUGCUGUCUGGGGCCCGUCAGCCCAGCGCCAGCACCCAGAUCCACGUGCGCCCGUGUGUGUGACACAGCCCUGACCUCAGUGGGGGCCAGUAGCCAAUCAGGCGCCAGGACGAGAUCCCCAACCAAUCGGGGGCGGGGCCUGCGGUUCCGCCGGCAGGAAGCCAAUGAGGGGCAGUGCCUGGCGUUAUGCAACCCGCCUCCUGGCCCCGCCGGGUUUCCACUCGGCUGCGGGCUGCAACGGCGGCGGGCAGGCGGCAGGAGGGCGCUCGCGCGGCCAGGUGCUGGCUGUGAUCGAAUUUCUCAAUCCUCUGAGGCUUGAGUCUCCCAGUUCACUCCCCUAGUCAGGCCUCCUGGCCCCCUUGUGCAUCCGUGGUGGCCUCUCUGCCCUCCCUGUUCUCCUGCCCUCCCCAUGGCCCAGACAUGAGCGGUCCCCUAGAAGGGGCUGAUGGGGGAGGGGACCCUAGGCCAGGAGAAUCCUUUUGUCCUGGAGGGGCUCCAUCCCCUGGGCCUCCACAGCAUCGACCUUGUCCCGGCCCCAGCCUGGCUGAUGACACCGAUGCCAACAGCAAUGGCUCCAGUGGCAAUGAGUCCAAUGGACCCGAGUCCCGGGGGGCAUCACAGCGGAGCUCACAUAGCUCCUCCUCGGGCAAUGGCAAGGACUCGGCCCUGCUGGAGACCACUGAGAGCAGCAAGAGCACAAACUCCCAGAGCCCAUCCCCACCCAGCAGUUCCAUCGCUUACAGCCUCCUGAGUGCCAGCUCGGAGCAGGACAAUCCAUCUACCAGUGGCUGCAGCAGUGAACAGUCAGCCCGGGCAAGGACCCAGAAAGAACUCAUGACGGCGCUGCGGGAGCUCAAGCUUCGGCUGCCACCAGAGCGCAGGGGCAAGGGCCGCUCUGGGACCCUGGCCACUCUGCAGUACGCGCUGGCCUGUGUCAAGCAGGUGCAGGCCAACCAGGAAUACUACCAGCAGUGGAGCCUGGAGGAGGGCGAGCCUUGUGCCAUGGACAUGUCUACCUACACUCUGGAGGAGCUGGAGCACAUCACGUCCGAGUACACGCUUCGCAACCAGGAUACCUUCUCCGUGGCCGUCUCCUUCCUGACCGGCCGCAUCGUCUACAUUUCCGAGCAAGCAGGUGUCCUGCUGCGCUGCAAGCGGGAUGUGUUCCGGGGUGCCCGCUUCUCAGAGCUCCUGGCUCCCCAGGACGUGGGCAUCUUCUAUGGCUCCACUGCCCCCUCUCGCCUGCCCACCUGGGGCACGGGGGCCUCGGCAGGUUCAGUCCUGAGGGACUUCGCCCAGGAGAAGUCCGUCUUCUGCCGCAUCAGGGGGGGUCCUGACCGAGACCCGGGGCCUCGGUACCAGCCAUUCCGCCUCACCCCCUAUGUGACCAAGAUCCGGGUCUCGGAUGGAGCCCCUGCACAGCCCUGCUGCCUGCUCAUCGCAGAGCGUAUCCACUCCGGUUAUGAAGCGCCCCGGAUUCCCCCCGACAAGAGGGUCUUCACCACACGGCACACGCCCAGCUGCCUCUUCCAGGACGUGGAUGAGAGGGCCGCCCCCCUGCUGGGCUACCUCCCCCAGGACCUCCUGGGAGCCCCAGUGCUCCUUUUCCUGCAUCCUGAGGACCGACCCCUCAUGCUGGCCAUCCACAAGAAGAUCCUGCAGCUGGCUGGCCAGCCCUUUGACCACUCCCCUAUCCGCUUCUGCGCCCGGAACGGGGAGUACGUCACCAUGGACACCAGCUGGGCUGGCUUCGUGCACCCCUGGAGCCGCAAGGUGGCCUUUGUGUUGGGCCGCCACAAAGUACGCACGGCGCCCCUGAAUGAGGACGUGUUCACUCCUCCGGCCCCCAGCCCCACUCUGGCCCUGGACACUGAUAUCCAGGAGCUCUCAGAGCAGAUCCAACGGCUGCUCUUACAGCCUGUGCACAGCCCCAGCCCCACGGGGCUCUGUGGAGUCGGCCCUGCCACUUCCCCGGGUCCUCUCCUCAGCCCUGGCUCCUCCAGCGACAGCAACGGGGGGGAUGCUGAGGGACCUGGGCCUCCUGCCCCGGUGACCUUCCAGCAGAUCUGUAAGGACGUGCACCUGGUGAAGCACCAGGGGCAGCAGCUCUUCAUUGAGUCCCGGGCACGGCCCUGCCCCCGGCCCCGUCUCCCAGCUACGGGCACAUUCAAGGCCAAGACUCUUCCCUGCCAGUCGCCAGACCCAGAGGUGGAGGCGGCCCCUGCUCCAAACCAGGCCCCUCCAGCCUUGGCCCCUGAGGAGGCUGAGAGGAAAGACGCCUCCAGUUGCUCCUACCAGCAGAUCAACUGCCUGGACAGCAUCCUCAGGUACCUGGAGAGCUGCAACCUGCCCAGCACCACCAAGCGCAAAUGCGCCUCCUCCUCCUCCUGCACGGCCUCUUCGGCCUCCGACGACGACAAGCAGAGGCCAGGCCCCGUGUCUGUGGGAGCUAAGAAAGAUCCGUCGGCAGUGCUGUCUGGGGAGGGGGCCAGCCCUCAGAAGGAGCCGGUGGUGGGAGGCAGCCUGAGCCCGCUCGCCCUGGCCAAUAAGGCGGAGAGCGUGGUGUCCGUCACCAGUCAGUGUAGCUUCAGCUCCACCAUCGUCCAUGUGGGAGACAAGAAGCCCCCGGAGUCGGACAUCGUCAUGAUGGAGGACCUGCCUGGCCUGCCGCCCGGCCCGGCCCCCAGCCCCACGGUAGCCCCUGACCCAGCCCCAGACGCUUACCGCCCGGUGGGCCUGACCAAGGCCGUGCUGUCCCUGCACACGCAGAAGGAGGAGCAGGCCUUCCUCAGCCGCUUCCGAGACCUUGGCAGGCUGCGUGGACUCGACGGCUCCUCCACGCCCCCCUCAGCCCCUGGCUGCCCCCAUGGCCCCGCACCCCCCAGCCGCCGACACCACUGCCGAUCCAAAGCCAAGCGUUCACGCCACCACCAGACCCCUCGGGCCGAAGCCCCCUGCUGUGUUUCCCACCCCUCACCUGUGCCACCCUCUGCCCCCUGGCCCCCACCACCAGCCGCUACUCCCUUCCCAGCUGUGGUCCAGCCCUUCCCCCUCCCCAUGUUCUCCCCCAGAGGCGGCCCCCAGCCUCUCCCUGCUGCCCCCACAGCCGUGCCUCCUGCACCUUUUUCUGCCCCUCUGGUGACCCCCAUGGUGGCUUUGGUGCUCCCUAACUAUUUGUUCCCUAACCCAUCUUCCUAUCCCUAUGGGGUGGCCCAGGCCCCCGCCGAGGGGCCUCCUACCCCUGCCUCCCACUCCCCAGCCCCAUCUCUGCCCCCACUGCCCCCCAGCCCUCCACACCGCCCAGACUCUCCGCUCUUCAACUCAAGAUGCAGCUCUCCGCUCCAGCUGAACCUGUUGCAGCUGGAGGAGCCCCCUCGUGUGGAGGCGGGGGCUGGAGCAGGGGGCCCUGGAAGCAGUGCUGGGCCCCCGCCUCCCAGCCAGGAGGCUGCUGAGCCAGAGGCCAGACUGGUGGAGGUAACGGAGUCCUCCAACCAGGAUGCGCUCUCGGGCUCCAGCGACCUGCUGGAGCUGCUGCUGCAAGAGGACUCGCGCUCUGGCACAGGCUCUGCGGCCUCGGGCUCCUUGGGCUCUGCCUUGGGCUCGGGGUCUGGUUCAGGCUCCCACGAGGGGGGCAGCACCUCAGCCAGCAUCACACGCAGCAGUCAGAGCAGCCACACGAGCAAGUACUUCGGCAGCAUCGAUUCUUCCGAGGCGGAGGCGGGGGCGGCCCAGGCCAGGGCUGAGCCCGGGGACCAGGUCAUCAAGUACGUGCUCCAGGACCCCAUCUGGCUGCUCAUGGCCAACGCUGACCAGCGCGUCAUGAUGACCUACCAGGUGCCCUCCAGGGACAUGGCCUCUGUGCUGAAGCAGGACCGGGAGCGGCUCCGGGCCAUGCAGAAGCAGCAGCCUCGGUUCUCGGAGGACCAGCGGAGGGAGCUGGGGGCCGUGCACUCCUGGGUCCGGAAGGGUCAGCUGCCUCGGGCUCUUGACGUGAUGGCCUGUGUGGACUGCGGCAGUAGCACCCAAGACCCCGGCCACCCUGAUGACCCACUCUUCUCGGAAAUGGAUGGACUGGGGCUGGAGCCCAUGGAGGAGGGUGGCGGCGAGGGGGGUGAGGGUGAGGGUGGCGAUGAGGCCCGCGCCCAAGCUGGAGCCGGAGCCUCAAGCUCUCAGGACCUGGCUAUGGAAGAGGAGGAACAAGGGGGGAGCUCGUCCAGUCCAGCCUUACCUGCCACAGAAGAUGGCGCCAACUAGACUGCAUCCGGGAGCCACCCCCGGGCGUGUGUGAGAAGCUUCUCUCUCCCGUGUCGCAACUCUCCGAACUCAGACGUGGCUGGACCAACUGCUAGAAAAGUGCCCCAGCUUCUCCUGCUGGAGGGGGCAGGACCCCCGUCGCCGGCCCAGCAUCCAGGGGCUGCCUCUGGCCGCCUAGGAGACAAGAGGAUGGAACUCUUCAGCCCAGCCCAGCCUAGAGAAGCCUCCCUCCCCUCCCUUGUGAGGAGCCCAGCCUUCCCCUGGACACGGUUGCGGACAAGCUGAAGUGGUCUCUCCAAGUCCCAGCUGAGCCGGAAUCCCUGGCCCCGAGGGUUGGGGCUGCACUUAUUUAUUGGGGAGAUGGCCCUCUCUCCCACCUCCUCCCCAGAUGUGAGGGCGAGGGCUGGAGGCCCAAGCAGGACCCAGCGGUCCAAACCCCUAGCUGCUCCAGGGUGGGGGAGGUUGGUGGACCAUGGAGUCCCUGGUGCUGCCCCUCAGGUGGGACCCAGACGUUCUCAGCUGUACCCUCUACCAGUGGCAUUUGUGUUUUUGAUAUUGUGUCUGUUAUUUUUUAAUACAAAAAGGAAAAAAAAUA